AUGUGUGGGCAGUACUUAAGGAAGAAAGGAGAGCGUGUCGGAUUCCCUGGAACUGGAGUUACAGAUGUUGUAACUGCAGGAACUGCAGGAACUACAGGAACUGUGGAUGCAAUUACACUCAACUCCAUCCUUCCUUGGGCUUCACGAUGUCAGGCUAUGCUCAUCCAGACAGUACAAAGCUCUGGGGAAGGGGGACGACUCAGAUCUCACAUUAAAGAACAGACAAUGGGAGGCAGCAUGACAAACGCUCGGCUCCUUUUACUGGUUUUUGGCAGGUUGCUGAGGGCAUAUGUUUUACACUUCGCCGCUCUGAUUUGUGAGAAUCUGCUGACGUCCAAGAAAGUGCUACAAAAACCUGUUGCUCCCAUCCAAGGCUCCAUGUUCGACGAACUUGUUAUGAAGCAGUUUUCCAAGAGCUGCUCCUUGGAUAAAACAGAUUGGCAAUAUGGAACCUUCCCUACGAAGAAGCCAGGAGAUAUCCCCUUUCUUUCUCUGGCCUCACUUCAGUAUAGUAGGCUCUUGGCGUUAUGGCAGAGAUCUGAGGUCUUUGUACUCUUACUUCAACAAUGGCGUCUUCAGCCCUCACUGGCUCAGGCUGGGAACCUGAAGUACCCUCAAUGCUCCUUUGUUCCCGUCUCACACCCAGAUGUUCAGGAAGUCUUAUUUGCUCUAAGUUCCCACCUUCUCCACUCUGGCCUCACUGUGGACUUCAGCAUCGUUGUGUGUUCACUGUAUGUGCUCUUUACUCGCCCUCCAGGAUUGUUAGUCGCGGACGUGUGUGCUCUGACAGUUGUCCUUGUGUGUGCUCUGACAAUCAUUAUCCUGUGUGUUCUGCCAUCACUGGGACAAACUCAGAAGCCAAAGAAGUUAGGUGGAAUAAGUCUUAGCUUUAAAAGUCAUACUCAGUCUCCAAGGCGAAGCGAUUCAGGGCCACAUGCAGAAAGCCAGGGGCAGGACCUGGGAUGGGGCCAUGGAGAAAAUGCCAAGGAGCAAGAAGGGAAGUGGCUUGAGCGAGGCAGCCUAUUCCCUAGAGAGCCAGCCUCCUUGGGCUUCUUAGAGGAGGGCGGUGCUGCUGGUAGUGUGGGUGUGGCUACAGCUGAUGGUGUGGGUGUGGCUGCAGCUGGUGGUGUGGCUGCCCUGGCGGCCAUGGUGGCUGGUGCUGCUCUUAAGUGA